GUCAACGCACUAGAAAUUCCACAAGAACUAAACGAUAAGAACAAAUAAUCUUCAUAGUCUCUCAUCCAAUCUUACAAACUUUCUGAUUUCCUUUCUACAUUCAUCGACCAAUGGCAGCAAACAAAACUCUUCCUACGUAUUUUUGCAGAAACUGCGAGAAUCCACUAGCUCUCGGUGAAGAUCUCAUCUCCAAAAAAUUUGUGGGAGCUUCAGGGCCAGCGUUUAUGUUUUCACACGCGAUGAACGUGGUGGUUGGACCGAAGAUUGGGAGGAAACUGAUAACCGGAUCGUAUGUAGUGGCAGAUGUGAUGUGCAGUAAGUGUGGUGAGACGUUGGGUUGGAAAUAUGUUGAGACAUUCGAUCUUAAACAGAGGUAUAAAGAAGGCAUGUUUGUCAUCGAGAAGCUCAAGUUGACCAAAAGAUAUUGAAACCUAGUCAAGAAGAAUAAUACUCUUGGAGGGUUAAGCUAAUAAAUAAAUGAAGGAAACUUGAGGAUUGUAUAUGUAUAUAUAACCUUUGUUGUAUAAAUGUCAUCACUAUAUUGGUUGUUCUCUAUAAAGGGAUUUGAAAACAAAGUAAAAAAGAUUUAAUCUAAGAUAAGAUUUUUUUUUUCUUAAACUAUAUAGAAAUUUACAGUAAGAAAUUAAAUAAUUA